GAGAAGAUGAGUGUCAAGGUGGAUUCGGAAACAAACUUUGCCGAAUGCGUCUUAAAUGUAGGAAAAGUCAUCCUUGGGAAUAAACAAAGGAACGAAAUGAAGCCUCAACUGCAGAAGAAACAGAAUAAAAUCAUCAUGAAUGCAAUAUGUGCUCUGCUGAAUUCUGGUGGCGGAGUGGUCAAGGCUGAGAUUGAGAACAAAGACUACAAUUACGAAAUCCAUGGAGUAGGACUGAAAAUGCCUUCAAUUUUUAAAGGCUAUUUAGAUGAGAUGCAGCAGGGAGACCUCUUUUUUAUUUUUGUGAAGUCGUGGAAUGCUGAGGCCUCUGGUGUACGACUGGCAACCUUGUCCUCCAAUUUGUACCACAGAUACAGAGCAUCGACUGAUGUCAUGAAUUCUCAGGAAGCACUGGUGUUCCUCAAAGGGAGAACUCAGACUCUUGUGAAUACUAAUGAUUCCAGUUCGCUAAGUCCCCAGAAAGUUCGGGUUGGUGUACAAGAUGAUGCUAACAUAAGGGCCUCAGCUGCUGCUUUAUUUGCUAGAACUCACCUUCAGUUCCUAGAAGAGCUCAACUUUACUACGUCCCUCCACGUUGAAUUUAAAAUGUUCUCAACAGAGGUGUCCCAGUGCUUUAAUGAGAGUCUCCCCAGUUGUGUGUCUGCAUUUGCAAACACCGAAGGAGGGUAUAUAUUUUUCGGUGUGUGUGAUGAGACCAAGCGAGUCAUUGGAUGUGAAAAGGAGAAAGUAGAUCUUGUUGCCUUGCUUCAUUCUAUUGAUUACUGUAUUAGGAAACUACCUGUCCAUCAUUUCUGUACACAGAGGCGUGAGAUAAAAUAUGAUGUCAAAUUCCUUGAAGUGCACGAUAAAGGGGCCCUCCAUGGAUAUGUCUGUGCAGUCAAGGUGGAACGAUUUUGCUGUGCAGUGUUUGCCAAAGUGCCAAGUUCCUGGCAGGUGAAGGACAAUCGUGUGAAACAGCUGCUCACAAAGGAAUGGAUAGCUUGGAUGAUGGAGGCUGAUCCAGAUCUUUCCAGAUUUUCUGAGAUGGUCCUUGCACUGAGUUUGUCAUCCAGCACAGCACGUAGCAGGACUGUGUGCACUCAUAAGAAUUUUGAAUGUCUGAAAGAACAGCAAAAACGUUACUUUCCAGUAUUAUCAGACAGAGUGGUAUAUACUCCAGAAAACCUCUACAAGGAACUGUUCUCAAAACAUAAAGGACUCAGAGACUUAAUAAAUAAGGAAAUGCGCCCUUUCUCUCAAGGAAUACUGAUUUUUUCUCGAAGCUGGGCUGUGGACUUGGGUCUGCCAGAGAAGCAGGGAGUAAUCUGUGAUGCUCUUCUGCUUUCCCAGAACAACAUCCCCCUCCUCUACACCAUCCUCAGUGAGUGCGAUGCAAGCAGGACGGGCUAUUCUAUGACAGUCGCCCGUACCUUAAAGCAGAAGCUGGUGAACACAGGUGGCUACACUGGGAAAUUGUGCAUCACUCCCUUGGUCUUCCUGCUGAAUCCUGAUAGAACAGCAGAGAAUCUUCAUGGUUCAGAUUUGCAAAUUUACCCCGAGUCCUAUAACCUUGCAACCACCCAGCAAGUGGAAGCUCUGUUACAGUCCCUUGUGAUAGUCUUGCUUGGGUUCCGAUCUUUCUUAAGUGAAGAGCUGGGCUCUGAGGUUUUGAACAUACUCACAGAUAAACAGUAUGAGUUGCUGUCAAAGAACAUUCGCAUGACCAGAGAACUGUUUAUUCAUGGCUUACCUGGAUCAGGGAAGACCAUCCUGGCUCUUAGGAUAAUGGAGAAGAUCAGGAAUGUGUUUCACUGUCAACCAAGAGACAUUCUUUACAUCUGUGAAAAUCAGCCCCUGAGGAAGUUUGUGAGUUUCAGCAAGAAAAACAUCUGCCAGGCAGUGACCCGGAAAACCUUCAUGAAAAAUGACUUUCAAAAGAUUCAGCACAUCAUCAUUGAUGAAGCUCAGAAUUUCCGCAUUGAAGACGGAGACUGGUAUGAGAAGGCAAAAAACAUCACUCAGAGAGAAAACGAUUGCCCAGGAAUUCUCUGGAUCUUUCUGGACUACUUUCAGACCAGCCACUUGAGCCACAGUGGCCUCCCUGCUCUCGAAGCCCAGUAUCCAAGAGAAGAGCUCACCAGAGUGGUCCGCAAUGCAGAUCCAAUAGCCAACUACCUACAAGAAGUAAUGCAGGAGGUCAAAGAAAAUCCUCCACCUAACAUCCCCUUGGGGUCCCUGGAUAUGGUUCAUAAAGCUAAAUGGGCUCAGGGUAUUCCAGGCAACUUUGAGAUUAUGGAGUACUUGGACUUGGAAGAGAUGGUUGUCCAAGUAGCAGAGAAAUGUCAGUUUCUCUUUAGGAAUGGUUAUUCUCCCAAGGACAUUGCCGUGCUUUUCAGCAAAGCAAGUGAAGUGGAAAAAUAUAAAGAUAAGCUCCUAAGAGCAAUGAGGAAAAGAAAAAUAUCUCAGCUCAGUGAGGAAUCUGACCUGUUCGUACAGAUCAAGGAUGCAUCAGAUAUCAUGGCCAAUCACAUUGUGUUGGACAGUGUCCGACGAUUUUCAGGCCUGGAAAGAAACAUCAUUUUUGGGUUCAAUCCAACAGCGGCCGAGCCAGCUGUUUUCCACAAUCUUCUGCUCUGUCUGGCUUCCAGGGCGAAGAAACAUCUCUAUAUUCUGAAGGUUUCCAUUUGA